AUGUCAUUAAGUAGUAGUAGGGCGCGGACAGGCCUUCGAGAUAGCAGCCUUCGUCAUCGUCUCACCCAUCUCAUCGCCGGUCGUCCCCGUCAUCGGAUUCGAUCGCUCCAUCUCGCGCCUCCCUUCCUGCUAGACGACUACACCCCGCGAUACCAGCUCCUGUCCGAGGUCGAGGCGUCCAAGAAGCGGUCGCUCGCUUAUGCGCACCUGCGGAACUGCAAUCUCUGCCCCCGGCUCUGCGGCGUUAACCGUUAUGAGAGGACGGGCAUGUGUCUUAUCGGGCAUAAUGUCAAAGUCAACGUGAUUGCGCCGCACUUCGGCGAAGAGCCUUGCAUCCAGGGUCACAACGGCAGCGGCUCGGUCUUCUUCUCGGGCUGCAACCUGAGAUGCACGUUUUGCCAGAACCACGACAUCUCUCACCAGAGGAACGGGUUUGACCUGGAGCCCGAAGAGCUGGCGCAAUGGUAUCUCAAGCUGCAGGACGUCGGCCACGUCCACAACAUCAACCUCGUCACGCCCGAGCACGUGGUGCCCCAGGUCGCCCUAUCCAUCCUACACGCGCGCGACCUGGGGUUGAAGGUGCCGAUCGUGUACAACACGUCGGCCUUCGACUCGCUGGCAUCGCUCGAGCUCAUGGACGGCCUCGUCGACAUCUACCUGCCCGACUUCAAGGUGUGGAGCGCGGCGACGUCGCGGCGCCUGCUCAAGGCCGACGACUACGCCGCGACGGCGUCCGAGAGCAUCCGCGCCAUGCACGCCCAGGUCGGCGACCUGUGCUUCACCCCCGACGGCAUUGCCAAGCGCGGCCUGCUCGUGCGGCACCUCGUCAUGCCCGGCAAGGAGGACGAGGGCGCGCAGAUCAUGCGGUUCCUCGCCGAGCGCGUCUCGCGCGACGUCUUCGUCAACAUCAUGGAGCAGUACCGCCCCGACGCCCACGUCGGGAAGCCGAAGCGGCGGAGAGUCGCGAAGGAGAAGGGGAACGAGGGGGGCGAAGGCGAGGGUGAGGAUGCCGCCGCGGUCGAACACGACGCCCGCCCGGAAGACAAGGGGAGCGCGGAGAAGGAAGAGGUCAGGUACGCAGACAUAAACCGCCCCGUCACCAAGGACGAGAUUUAUUCCGUGAGGAAAGCCGCCGAGGCCGUAGGGCUCUGGCGCUUCUGCGACCCCCCAAGACACGACGGAUUUGCUUUAUGA